ACUCCUUGAAACCAGCACAUUUGAGCAGAUAUGUCUCAAAUAUUGGCACUCUACACGAGAUUUUGUGCAGAAUUUCCAAAGAGAACAGUUAAUUUCAUCAAUGUUUCUGGUGUUCUACUGAUUCUAGCUACAAUCUCACGACCAAUUAUUGCAGAUGAUCAACACCUUCAACAUGGAAACAGGACGUGUAUUCCUGCUGCAGCUGAGCCAUUGCUCAACUCAAGUGGAUGCUAUCCUUUGAUAAAUUUCACUUGGCUUUUUUGUCAGAAUCAUGGAGUUUCGUUAUCAGACUACAUAUACAAAACGCCUCUUAAACAAAGUCGGAGUAUUGAAUAUGUCAAUAAUUUGCACAACCAAUAUCUUAGCCUUGGCGUGUCAAAGAUCAGUAGAUUUUUCAAUGUUGACACAAGUGCGGUGAUAAAGUGCUGGCAUGCUUAUGUGCCAUGUAUGUGUCGCAUACAUUUUCCGCUUUGUGAGGGAACAGAGAGCAAGUAUAAGAAGCAAAAGCUUUGUCGCGAAACCUGGCUAAGCGUUACUCGUAUAUGUGGCAAAAUAACGGAUUUUGUCGCAAAAGUAUCGGAAAUUAAAAAUCUGACUGCAAUGUCAAAGCAGUUCAUCUUUGGCGAGCUACAGCCUUACCGAAAUGCUGGUGACUCCCCAGAAUGCUGGUAUAGGGAUUUUGAAAAUUCAACAGUUGCAACUCUAGCUCCAGAAUGGACAACCAAUGCAGUAUGA